AUGAACGCCACCAGCGAAGACACACGCAACGGACGUCGAGGCAACGACUCAAAAGGUGCCAAUCAACACCGUUCUACCACAUCUACGACAUCAUCCCGAGAUGGCACGCCUGGUGCAACCCAGAACAGAAGAGGUGGGAAACCGCCUCAGGGUUUGAAUAGGUCAACGGAAACCGUCGUCCAGAAUGGCCCUGCUUCUCCAGCGUCUCUCCCCGGCCAAGACGAGCAUGUUUCGCAUGUGGGUUUCAAUCCGGCUGCCGUGGACACUGUUCUCAAGCAAGGCUAUGAUGCGAAAGCACCAGUCUUCAAACCCGAGUCAAAGACACAACCGACAAAGUCGGAGAGUCCCUGGGGCCCCAAGCGUGAGUCUUCAACAUUACCUUCUUCUGGUCAGUCCAUUGACAAAUGA